GUGACCGUGUAUCAUUGGUUAUGUUCAAUUCGAAAAUAAAACUAUGUAGGAGCAGCUUAUGAUGAAUGAUAUAUACGAUUUGUGUUUAAAAGACAAGUUAUGCAUAACAGAAGUUUAUAAAUUUUGCAUUGUAUGUAUUUCGGACUUAAGUUGUAAUUAUUUGAUAUAUACAUUACGAAAUAAGAAUAUUUGUUAGUCGUAGCAAAAUGAAACGUUUAUUACACAUUGUAACAAUUUUAAUUAUUUCCAUAAUCAUAUACAUGUGUAAAUCAAAAUACGACACAAACACACGUAGAGAUGGUGUUGUUUUAAAAGAUGGAUAUUUAAACAGAAAUUUAGAUGGGAAUUUAACAUAUAAGUUAAGCAAAGUCUUGAUUGAUACGGCAAACAUAAACUGGACGUGGUUUUCAAAUUUUACAUUUAUUUCAAAGCCUAAGAUCAGAUGUGUUUCUAAAAACGAACUGAAACAGAUACGCUUUCUUCCAAACUUUAAAAAUCCUUGUUGGAUGGCCAAGGAUGGACAACUGAAUGAUGGGAAGGUGCACUGUCUGCCUUUUUUUUAUCUUAUCGGUGUAAAGAAGAGUGCUACUACAGAUUUGUUUGGCAGGAUUUCAAAACAUCCAGACAUAUGCCGGCCUUCAUUUUCGAAAGAGUGUCAGUGGAUAUCUAGCCAGCGAUUUGGUGCACCGAAUCAUGUGCCUAAAAUGAGAGCUAUAGAAAAUCAUAUUACAAAAAAGGGCAUUGAAACUACAAAUAUUGAAUUUUAUAUAUCAAUGUUCGACCGUGCGGCAGACUGUAUAGCAAACGAAAAUUCAACCAUGCAUAGGAAAAUAACAGUUGAUGCAAGCACCAAGACAUAUUUUAUGCAUACUUGUUGGGAACAUUUAGAAGACAACAAAUAUUUAGACGAGCCUCGUUACACCAACUUUCAUUUCAUAAAAGAAUUGACACCAAGUGCUAAAUUCAUAAUUAUGUUUAGGGAUCCUGUGGAAAGGUUGUAUUCAGAUUUCAUCCAUGCUACAAGAGGAAAAUACAAGUCUAAUUCCCCAGAUAUAUUCCAUGAUCAAGUCAAAAUUGUCAUUAAUGCUUACCAGGAUUGUCUUCAGAGAUAUACAAAAAGGAGUUGUGUUUACAACAAUACCCUAAGCCAACAACUGCUAUCUAGACAUUUAGAGGUAGCUGUCGGUUUUACAGCUGGGUUUUAUGCCAUUUACAUGAGAGAUAUGAUUGAUGCCUUUGGACUUAGUCAGAUCAAAGCAAUACUUAUGACUGAUUACGUAACUAACAUGGAACAAAUGAUCCGCAGUAUUUUUAACUUUCUUGAAAUGAGUGAAGUUGACGAUACCAAGAUGAAGAGUAUGCUGAGUUCGCGAAUUGCGAAUUUGUCAAUUAUUAAACAUGCUUGGCAAAUGAAGAAUGAAACAGCCACUUUGUUAUAUACCUUUUACAAACCAUUUAACACGGAUAUGGCUGAAUUGAUGAAAGAUUCCCGUUAUUUGUUUUCUUAAUAUGAUAAAUAAUGUCUUAAUGUUUACGAAAUAGAAAUAAAAUAAUAAAAUGCAAUAAUUAGCGUUAUAUUCCUGACAAUUGUGAAAGAAGUAACGCAAUACUUAUCCUGAAAAUAUUUGUGAAAGUUGAAUUAUAAUUCACAGCUGUCUUUAUUUGAUAAAGAAAGCUAUUCACUUGGACGAAGUUUUCAUUCUUCAUCAUCAUCAUCAUCUUCAGUAAUCGCCUCACUCUUCAUAGAGCAUAAUCGCGAUGAAAUUAAAACUAUGUACAUGCGCAGCAAUUGGUUUCCUCUUUACAGUUAAAAAUUGUCUAUUUACAUCUUUUUAAAAUCUGGUAAAAACUGGCAAUGUGUCUAGUUGGUGGUUGUGUCAGCGCCGACUUGAACCCCUCCAAGGUUGGUUUCUCAACAACUUGUAUGGGUAGGCGAUUCCAGAGGAUGAUGGUGGCCGGAAAGAAGCUGU